GACUUAUCAACCGAUCAAUGGAGGUCGAGAACCGGUACAUCGCCGUGAGGCACCACGUGGAGUGUUCCCCGUCGGAGGACGACUUCGAGGUGAAGUCUGCAGCGGUGCAUUGGACGGCAGAGUCCGGCGAGGUCCUGGUGAGGAACAUGUACGUGUCCAUCGACCCCGGUCAGCUCAACCGCAUGAAGCGCCACAGUGCGUCCCACCACUCCGUCGGCCCUAUCGUGCCCGGUGAGAGGAUCGUGGCGCAUAGAGUCGGCGAGGUGUUGGCGUCGGCAUGCCCGGAGUACGAGGUGGGCGAUGUGGUCGCCGGCGUGCUCGCGUGGGAGGAGUACACGCUAUUCCGGCCGUCCCCUGUUAUGUGCAAGGUUGACGCCUCCUCCGGCGUCCCCUUGUCCUACCACGUCGGCGUACUGGGGAUGAGCGGGACGGCGGCCUACGGCGGGUUCUUCGAGGUGUGCCGGCCGCAGAGUGGGGAGAAGGUGUUCGUGUCUGCGGCGUCGGGCUCAGUUGGUAGCCUCGUUGGCCAGUUCGCCAAGCUAGCUGGAUGCUACGUGGUCGGCUGCGCCGGCACCCAAGCCAAGGUGGACCUGCUGAAAGGCAAGCUGGGGUUCGACGACGCCUUCAACUACAAAGAGGAGCUCGACCUCAAGUCCGCACUCAACAAGUACUUCCCUGACGGGAUCGACAUCUACUUCGAGAACGUCGGCGGCGAGAUGCUGGAGGCCGCCCUCGCCAACAUGAACACGUACGGCCGGGUCGCCGUCUGCGGGGCCAUCGCCGAGUACACCGACCCGGCGGGGAGGCGAGCCGCCCCAAGCCUGCUGGAGGUGGUCUACAAGCGCAUCGCCCUCCGAGGCUUCUUGUCCUACGAUUUCAUGGCCCAGUUCCACGAAUACAACGCCAUCAUCCGCAACUGGAUCCGCGAGGGUAGGAUUCAGGUGAUUGAGGACGUAUCCAACGGGCUGGAGAGCGUCCCGUCGGCUUUCGCCGCGCUAUUCCGCGGCGAAAAUGUUGGCAAGAAGCUAGUUAAGCUGUCAUAGUAGAACAAAUCAGGUUAAUUAAUUACUUCUCAGCA